AUACAUGAAAUGGCCAACCAAUCUUCUGUGAGAGACUUUGUUCUGAUGGGAUUUUCUGAUGACCCAGAUUUGCAAAUUUUGCAUUCUGUGAUGUUCCUUAUUGUUUACAUAACAGCUUUAACAGGGAAUUGUCUCAUUAUAACAGCAGUGGCAGUUGACCACAACCUUCAUAGUCCAAUGUAUUACUUUUUGGUCAACCUCUCCCUUUUAGAUAUUUGUUCCAUCUCUACAACAGUUCCAAAAUCCAUAGCUAUUUCAUGGACAAACAACAAAGGGAUUUCCUUUGCUGGAUGUGUUACUCAGACCUUUUUAAUGGUUAUGUUUGUUGGUGGUGAACUUGCUUUGUUAACUAUUAUGGCUUAUGACCGUUAUGUAGCCAUUUGCCAUCCUCUGCAAUAUAGGCUGAUAAUGAAUUUGAAUGCCUGCAUUCAAAUGAUAGCAAUUUCCUUCAUAUGCAAUCUGAUCAAUGGGAUCUUACAAACCAGUAUGACUUUUAGGUUAAACUUUUGUGUGUCCAACCUGAUUGGCCAGUAUUUCUGUGACAUUCCUCAGUUACAAAAGAUUUCUUGCACAGAUACAAAAAUCAACCAAAUGUUGAUACUUGUUCUUGGAUUCUUUUUGGAUUCCUUUAUUUUUACAUUCAUCUUUGCUUCUUAUACUCACAUAUUCUUGUCUGUGAUGAAAAUUGCAUCUGUUCAAAGGAGGUAUAAAGUUUUUUCUACAUGUGUUCCCCACCUAACUGUUUUUUCUUUAUUUAUCAUCACAGCUGUAUUUUCCUAUAUGAGGCCCAAAUCACUCUCUUCUCCUUCUGUGGAUUUACUUUCUGCUGUUUUGUACACAACUUUGCCACCAGUUUUGAAUCCUAUUAUUUAUAGCUUCAGGAACAAUGACCUACAAAAGGCUCUCAAGAAAAUACUGAAAAAAUUAAACAAUUUACAAAAUUGA